CACAACACAUAAACACAACAAAAUACGAUAAAAGAAAAGAAAGAAAAAAAUGGCGAAUAUCUCUAGUUUUAACAUUCUCUUCCUCGUGUUCAUCACAAGUGGCAUUGCUGUUUCCGCCACCGUCUUCACUAUUAAGAACAAUUGCCCUACCACCGUCUGGGCCGGAACUCUCGCGGGCAAAGGACCCAAGCUUGGCGACGGCGGAUUUGAACUGACUCCAGGUGCUUCCCGACAGCUCACGGCUCCAGCAGGAUGGUCAGGCCGGUUCUGGGCUCGUACUGGUUGCAGCUUUGACGGCGCUGGUAACGGUAGAUGCGUCACCGGAGACUGCGGCGGUCUAAGAUGUAACGGCGGCGGAGUUCCUCCCGUCAGUCUGGCUGAAUUCACCCUCGUAGGCGAUGGCGGCAAGGAUUUCUACGACGUGAGCCUUGUCGACGGUUACAAUGUUAAGUUGGGGAUAAGGCCUUCAGGAGGAUCCGGAGAUUGCAAGUACGCAGGCUGUGUCGCUGACCUCAACGCGAAUUGCCCUAACGAGCUUAAGGUCAUGGGUCCUGGCAACAAUGUCGUGGCGUGCAAGAGCGCAUGUGCACAUUUUAAUACCGAUCAAUAUUGUUGCCGUGGAGCUUACAGUACGCCACAAACUUGUCCUCCCACGGACUUCUCGAGGAUUUUUAAGAGGGCUUGCCCUGACGCCUAUAGCUACGCUUAUGACGACGAAACAAGUACCUUCACAUGUUCCGGAGCUAACUACGAAGUCACUUUCUGCCCAUAAGAAAAAACAAAGCUCCACUCUGGUUUCUCCCUCACGUUUCUAUUGCUUGUUAUGUACGGAAUCUAAAUAAGAAAAGAUGAUGACUGUGAAUCAUCUUCUUUCACCUUUUUAAAGCUUUUACUAAUUAAGUGUAUUCAGUUGUUACACUCAUCUGAGUUGCAUAGUAAAGAAAUAAAACAAAGAAUAAUUAAUUUACAUC